AUGUCGUGGGACUGCGCCCUCUGCGCGAGAAGCUGCGGCGCGUCGCGGAAGCGGUGCUCGAGAUGCAAAACCACAAUUUAUUGCAGCGUCGAGUGCCAGCGGCGGCACUGGAGCGUGCACAAGGUCGUCUGCCAAGCCCGGGCCGUCGCGCCGGCACCGGCGCCGCCGCGCGCGGCGCCGACGCCCGCGCGCAUCGAGGCGCCGCCGCGCGCGGCGAUCCUGGGCGUCGCGCGCGACUGCGCGCGAUUCCUCGGCCCGUCGCUGCGCGCGCUCGAGCGCGUCGCGGAGAAGCUCUUCGACGGCGCCGCGGCCUGGAUCGUCGUCGAGAACGACUCCGUCGACGACACGGGCGCCAUCCUCGAGCGCUUCGCGGCGGAGCGGCCGCACCGCCGCGAGGCGCUGCGCGCGACGGGCCUCGACAAAACGUUCCCGCGGCGCACGGAGCGCAUCGCGCGCGCGCGGAACCUCGCCCUGGAGCGCCUCGAGGCCCGGGGCUGGCUGGAGGGCCUCGACUACGUCGUCGUCGCGGACCUCGACGACGUCAACGCGGAUAUCGACGUCGCCGGCGCGGCCGCGGCGCUCUGGCACCUCGAGGUCGGCGGCGCGGACGUCGCGACGGCGAACCAGCCCCGGACCUACUACGAUUUGUGGGCGCUCCGCACGGAGGCCUUCGACGUCAACUCCUGGGUCCUCGCGCACCGGCGGAGGGUCGUCGACGAGGGCCUCGCGGCCUUCUUCCCCGUCGCGCGGCCCUUCCCCGCGGGCUACGACCUCCGGCGGGACGACGUCAUCCGCGACGAGGUCCGGUUCUCGACGCGCGCGCCGCCCGUGCCCGUGCUGUCGGCCUUCGGGGGCCUCGCCAUCUACCGCGCGGCGAAGCUCAAGGACCGGCGCGACGCCGCGAAGCUCGCGCCGGCGCGCUACGACGGCGCGGACGCGGCCAUGGCGCCGCCGGCGUGCCACCCGCUCUGGUCCGGCCAGGACUGCGAGCACGUCGCGUUCCACGCCGCGCUCCGGGCCUACCACGGCGGCGCGCUCGCGGUCUGCGUCCACCCGCGGCUCCUCAACUGCCCGGGCCAGGCCGCGCGCGACCCACACCUCCUUAGAGCGUGA